CCAACAGCAAACACAACUUAGAAAACAGAAGUCAACUAAAUCUCCCUAUUUUAUCAUCACAGAAAAGUAAAAAAGAAAAGCAAAACACAAUGGCUUUGGCUCUGAGGUUCUUCACAUGCCUUGUUUUGACGGUGUGCAUAGUUGCAUCAGUAGAUGCAGCAAUCUCAUGUGGCACAGUGGCAAGCAGCUUGGCUCCAUGUGCAGGCUACCUAACAAAAGGAGGCGCGGUGCCCGCUCCGUGCUGUGCUGGAGUGUCAAAGUUGAACGGCAUGGCUAAAACCACACCAGACCGCCAACAAGCUUGCAAAUGCCUAAAGGCCGCAGCACAGAGCAUCAACCCAAGUCUAGCCUCUGGCCUUCCUGGAAAGUGCGGUGUUAGCAUUCCCUAUCCCAUCUCCAUGAGCACCAACUGCGACAACGUCAAGUGAAAUGGGAGUAGUUCAUGCCAUCAUCUGCGUGAAGUGUAUGGUUUAGUAUAACAUAAUAAAAGACGGCUGUCUAAGCUGAUAUCACCAUGCUCUUGUCUUGUUGUUUUGUAAUCUUUUCUUUCUUGUAUUGUAUCUUAAUAUGUUUAAGAUAUGAUAAUAGUAACUUAUCAAUCAUCUUCUCUUAAUAUAUUUUUCCACCGCCUUCGUCCA